CACUGCAUUGCUAAUGUCCUCUCUCACUCUCACUGGCGUAUAGAAUUGCUGCGAUAGUGAUGGAGAGAUUUCGCCACCAGAAAUCCAUCGGCUCCGAUCGAUUCCUUGCAUCUCUUUCCCCGCCGAUCUCUGUCGAUGCUGUCGGCGUCGAGCUCGACGAGGACGAUCUCUUCUCUACGGGAAUAGAAUCACCGGAGCCGGAUCAUCACCCUCGCCUCCAACCCUCCCCUCCGAACCCUAUCUCAAACAACAGUCGAAGCCCACUUUUCCUCUCGCGAAGCAGCAGGGGCGGAUUACAAGAGAGGAAUUUCGGCGUCCUGGCAGCCCUACCUGAAGAAGAAACGAAGAUCUAUCUUCUUCAACGAAAGCCUUCAAUCUCCCUAUCUUCUUCGCCUUCCACUUCCCCUUCACCAUCGUCUUCUUCUGCAAGGUUGAUUCCGGCUAUACCAACCCCCAAAUUGGACUUCUCGCUGACCGUUGCAGGGGGAAAGAUCUAUCACCAAUCGGCGCCUGUGAACGUGCCUGUGAUUCCACAGUGGUUGAGGAAAGAAGCUGGAAACCAAGGCAAGGGAGAAAGAGGGGACAAUGAAGGGGAUGAUGAUGAAGAUGAGAUGCUUCCGCCGCAUGAGAUCGUGGCAAGGGCAUCUGGAAGGGGAUCGCCAUUGACUACCUUCUCUGUUCUGGAAGGGGCUGGGAGGACUCUCAAGGGCAGAGAUCUCCGCCGGGUACGUAAUGCUGUCUGGCGACAGACAGGUUUUCUUGAUUGAUUGUUGAAGCUGAUUGCUUUCUGAAAUUGAACAUGCUUGUAUUUUGUAUUCAUAUGAAUGGAUUAUGUAUCUGGGAAAGGUAUAAUUCAGGGGUUUUAAAUGUCUGGUCGAAAUAAAUGAAAUUUUUGUCUUUUUAAA